AUGUUAGAAGUAAAAAGACAAGGAAUAGCGGAAGAAGUAAUUACCAAUAUUCAGGCUUAUUUAACUGAUGUUCAAAGAGAUAUUGCGGGAAGUAUCCACAUUGAAUUAAACUGGCAUAAGAAAAUUGGAGAAGAAAUUAAUCAGCAGGCGGAAAGAAUUGUGGAAAAUGAGCUGGAUUUACCAGCCAAUAAAUUAAAGGCCAACAACGUCAAUAUUCAUAAAGAUAAAUUCCGAAUUGAGAAAUUAUUAAGUGAAUUGCAGUUGUUAGAAAAAAUUACUGACGAAAUUCCCCAGGCUAUUUAUCAACAAAAAUCAGCCGAAAUCAAAAAUUCUUCCCAAGCUCUCCAAAAUUAUUUAGCAACUCAUCAACAGGUUGAGGAGAUUUUAGAUUUGUCCCAAAAAGCCAUCGUUAGUAAGCAGAUAACCCAGUUAGAAGAGGCGGAAAAGAAAUUGUCUUCAUUAUUGGAAGAGGAAAAUCAGGAAAAGAAAAAAAAUAAAAUCCAAGAAUUAGAAAAACAAAUCAAAGAAUACCAAGAAACGCUAAUUCGAUUUUCUGAACAACUUGACCAAAAGGAAACUCAACACAAAGAAACUCAAACCACGGAAGAAGAAAAUCAACAAGUGGCACAAUCUGGUUCAGAAAAAGAAAUAGAAAUUGAAUUAGUCAAAUUGGAACUAAUAAAUGAUAGUAAGGAAUUGCCGUUUGAGAUUAAAGAUGAGGUGAAUAUUAAUGAGGAUACACGUUAUCGUUAUCGUUAUCUCGAUUUACGUCGCCCUAUUAGCAAAAAUUUACUUCUUGUUAAGGAUAAAUUUUGCCACGAGUUAAGGAAUUUUCUUCACAAAAAAGAUUUUGUUGACGUCGAAACGCCAAUUUUGGCUCAAAGUUCUCCGGAGGGCGCCAAUUGUUUUCUUGUUCCUUCCAGUAUCAAAGAACGUUAUUAUACUUUGCCUCAGUCUCCCCAAAUUUUUAAGCAGUUAUUAAUGGUUGGUGGGUUCAAUAAGUAUUAUCAAAUUGCCAAGAGUUUCCGGAAUGAGGAUGCCCGCAGUAAUCGGCAAAUUGAGUUUUCGCAAUUGGACUUAGAAAUGAGUUUUGCCACCGCAAAAGAGAUUAUGUCAUUAACAGAAAAACUUUUAAAGCACGUUUUGAAAAAAACUUUCAACCAUGAAAUAAAAACACCUUUUCCUUCUCUAACUUACCAGGAAAGCAAAAAAUAUGAAAGUUUUCGACACCCUUUUACUAUUCCCCAAAAAAAAUAUAUCAAACCUUUGCUAAAUAAUAAAAUCGACCCAGAAAGAGUAAUUGGUGAAGCCUUUGACUUAGUGUGUAAUGGUGAAGAAAUUUUGAGCGGCAGCAUCCGUAUUCACCAAGCCGAAUUGCAAGAAAAAGUAUUAGAAAUUUUAGGUUACAAUAAAGAAGCCAGAGAAAAAAAUUUUGGUUAUUUUUUGCGAGCCUUAGAAUUCGCUGCCCCUCCUCAUGGUGGAAUUGGGCUGGGAAUUGACCGUUUAUUAACUGUAAUAUUAAAUACUAAUAACUUAAAAGAGUUAAUUGCUUUUCCGAAAAAUAUUGAUGGGACUUGUUCGUUAACCGGAGCACCUAACUUGUUGAAUUAG